UCUGACCCGGCUUUCUCUUUUCGGUGUCCCGUGGAAACGCUGGCCAGACCACCAACAAAAAUAAUCACGACUUUGCACGACUCACCUCCCAAUAAGAACCGAACCGAACCUUGUCUCGAUUCUUCUUCUUUUCUUUUCUCUCUUUUCUCUCUUCUCUCUCUUCUUCUCUUCUUCUGAGUUGGUUCAAGGUGCACCCCAGCAGAAUCCCUCUCUCCCGUCGACGGAGUACAUCUCGAGGCUCUAUCCUAGCCCUAAUCAAAAAUCAACCCUAAUGGCAGUAACCACAGCCAUCGUCGACAUUGUCCCUCCAUCUCCUGCCCCUGCGCUUCUCCCCUCCAAUAAGUCCUCCAUGAAUAAGCGCUGGCCCCCCCUGGCCGACAAGACCUCGCUUCCCUACAGACUCACCACCCUCUCCAAGCAAAAACUCGCCCGCGAAGCCACCGCGCCAGACCCGGAUAUCCGCCGCUGCCUGGGCCAUUUCCGUCUGCACUGCCGCUCUAUGGAAUGGGCCCAACACGAUAUGACCACCAAGAUCAACUCGUUUGAAUUGGAGGAUGACGAGUCCGAGUCCGAGUCCGAGGACGACGAGCCGCGUCCUAUCCGGCGCCAAGACGCUCUGACGGCGGAGACUCCUACGGAGAAUGAGAUACCCGCGGAGUCGACUCCAGAGCCGCAGCAGGCCCAGGCCAUCCGCAUCCACUUUGAGGUUUCCCCGCCGCCGUCCUCGGAAGAAAGCGAGGAGAAAGACGGGCUCCUCGAGAAGGGCCGGAGCUGUCUCGAGAAGACCGUGCAGCGCAAAUCCUUCUGGCCGUCUGCGGGACAAUGCAUGCCCGUUCGCAUUACAGGAUAA